UUUUUUUCCCAAAUCUUUAUUGAUUUAUUUCAUUCAUUAGAAAUAUAAGGUGGAGCAGUUUAAUCUGGCGAUGUUUUUGGAUAGAGCUAAUUAAAAUACAUCGGUCAGUAUUUUUAUUAUUACAAAAAAUAUACUUUUAUAGGCUGGGGCAGGGGGGGUUUGGUUAUGUAGAUUCCGACACCACCGAUAGAGCCGGCGACAGAUAGAGACAUAUUGAAUAUACGGAAAAUCACGUGAGCACGUCAUAUGACAGUCAAGAGAUCAGGUACCUCCCUAAGGCUGCUUAAGGUCCCCAGUUUAGUUCAGCUUCGGGCAGUUUGUCUGAAUUCCCACACAGACCGAAUUUGAGUCUUUUCUCGGUUUUCAAUAAUAGCCGUCGGAUUCCGAAUUCGAUUAGUAGACAAAAUGGGAAUUCGUUCACUUUUAGUUUACAUCCUGCUUGCACAGCUGUACAGCGCGAUCUGGGCAGUUAACGCCGUUCCGGUUUUGCUCUGGAGUGGUCAAUCCUCCAGCCCCAGCCUUAUCAAUCCUUUGCACAAGACGUCAAGGUCUGAAUUUGAAGCUCUUCUUUCUGAUAGAUUAGGCAAGAACCAGCCACCUAUGCUCGUCUUUGUCAAAGACAAUUUCUGUAUCGAAGAUAUUAAGCAUCAUAAAGAGAGUUUACAACAACUAAAUGAUGUCGGCACACUCACUUGUCUCACAUCAGUUGAAUCAGCACUGCAUGUAUUUGAAAAUUUAUUAUCUUACAAUGUUACUCAAGAAGACAAUAUAGACUCACUCAGUGAAGCUCAACUGGCUGUGGUGCAAACUAAUGAUCUCAAUGCUAUUCCUGAAAUAUAUAGCAUGAUACAGGAAUCUAGUCCUAAUUUAAUAGUUGCUCUAACUGGAAAAUCUUGUGCAUACUCUUCGUUGGAAAGAGUACGGAGGGCUGCUGGAAACAAAUUAUCGACCACUGAAUCAUUAGGUUUACGUAUACAAGAUAAAGGAGUCCUAUUCUACUCUAAUGGAUAUCCUAGAGUGCAGUUGAAUUCAACAAUAUAUCAACUGUCAGCCCCAACAUUUGUGAAUCCAGUUGUUAACAAGACCCAUCAAGAUCUAUCCAUGAAUUUUAGUGUUGUUGGCGAUAAAGCAGAAAUUGAUAAAAUCACCUUGACCGCUUAUUUCAGAUUAAUCAAGGGAUAUACAAUUCUCAAGCAUAUAGGUUUCAGGAUUGAUGGAAAAGAACGUGAAUUUCUUCUUAAAAGUAAACAAGACAUUUAUUUUCCAAACAAGUUUUCUUAUCACUGCGGAUUGGACUCCAUUUUCACUUAUAAAUCGGAAUCAGAAGCUAUUUCUAUAAUUAUAUCUAACAUACAAGUACAAACGAAUGCAACAGUAUUUGGAGAUGCGUAUGAUUGCAUUGGCUUCAUGAGUAUUCCCAUAUGGACUGGAAUUUUCGUUACUGCUAUUUUAGCUCUGAUUAUGAUUUGGGGUUUAACAAUGAUCAUGGAUAUACGCACAAUGGAUCGUUUUGAUGAUCCUAAAGGUAAAACCAUUACAAUUUCAGCUCAAGAGUAAGAAUGUGAAUAAAUGUGUAAAUAAAUGUUACUAUCAAUUUUGAAAAUCAACUUUAUAUGUUGUCUGAUACAAGAAUUCAAGUCAAAAAUUUCAUUUUUUAUUUUAACAUAUGUCUUAUAAGAUUAUGCUAACUUUUUGUUAUUGCAUCAAUAAUAGCAAUGGCAGGUUAUUAAAUAAUGUUACAAAUACAACUAGUUUGAGUUGAAACAAAAUACCCACUAGAAAUAAUGAUAUUUGGUAAAUUAUUUUUACUUUUGAUGUAAAUGUUAAUAAAAACGAGUGAUUAAAUGCAUUUUAAUCGAUAAAGUGUUAAAUCUAAAAUUGAAAAAUUCAAGUAAAUAAUUUUAUAUUUCAAAGCAUAAAAUAGAAUAUGAAAAUCCUCGAAUAGUUUAACCUGUUAAGCAACUGCUGUUGUAACAUAAAUGUUCUUAUACAUCCAAACAUGUGUACAAUCAAUGUUUUUUAAGGCCCCCCUUUCUCCAAAAACGUCCGUCCCUUUGCGAUGUAUUUUUAAAACAACUACAACACCUAGAACCUUCAAAAAAAUAUAUGAAAUUGUUUCAUAUGUGCUUUAUGCGCGAAAGCAAGUUAGAAUGCAUCUGUAAGGUAAAACAUAAACAAAGAAUAAUUAAUAAAUGCGUUAUCAUAGCUAUCGGAUCUUAAUAUGUACAACAUGUCAACUCGUUGCCAUAGUAGCAAAUUUUUGCGUUUGACAGCUCCUGGAAAAGUAAUUAUAAAUGACUUGUAUACAUUUUCUAGCUCAUGGAGACAUUUCAGCUCGCUUCCGCGCACAAAGCACAUAUCAAACAAUAUCAUUUACUUUUUUCAAGGCCCAUAAGCGCAGUAGUUUUUUCAAAAGUACAUCGUAAAGAGAAGUACAAUUUCCUCCUUCACUAUAUAUUUGCAGCGACAUGCUUAAGGGCCCUUAAUAGUAGUAUUAAUUUGGAGAAAAACUAAAGUCAUAUUAGUUAUUAAUUUAUAGAAAAAUUUACACAAUGUACAAUUUUAUUUAAAAUGUAUAAUUCAGUAAACUUUAUUACAAAGUAUUAUUCUUAAUUUUCUAUAACUCCUUUAUGUUUAUGCCAGACAUACACAAAAGUACUAAACUUGAAACUUUUAUUCCCCAUAUAUGAAAAUGAUCUAGAUAAUUAAAAAUAUAGACUAGGAAUGACCAAGUUUUGUUUCUAGUCAUGGAUCAAUCUAAAAUAUGGUGUAUUUACUUAAUUACAAAUACUUACUUACACACACACACACACACAUACACACAGUGAUCACAUUUUAAUAAUUUAUAGUGUAAUCUGAAAAUUGAAUGUUUUAUUUGAGAAAUAACCAUGUAUUUUUCGAUUUAUGAGCUACUGUACUGAUGUUAAUAUAAAGUGUAAAUUUCACAAUG